AUGUCUUCCAGAUUAAAAGAAGAUUUCAGAAUUCCUGAAAUAAUUAUCGACAAUAAAAAUGACAUGAAGUAUCGGAGAGGCAAUUUUCUAGGAAAGGUAAAUAAUUAGCUAUUUUAAUUUACUUUUUGUUAAGUUUCGAAAAUUUAGUUUUUCUAUAAUUAAUUCUUCCCAGUUUAAUGUGUUCUAAGAUUUCGCCCUUUACCAUUUAGACGAUGUUAUUAUUGACUUAAACAUUUAAUUAUUAUAGUGAACAGACUAUCAGAACAGACCCAACUAAAAGGGGUUUAUACUUAAUAGAAAAAAUGUUAGUGACCAAGAGUGUAUUAUUCAGAAUCAGAGGUUUCACUAUACAUCUAUGCUAUUACUUUUUCAAGAAUGUCGGUAUUAAUCAAUAUUUUAUAUUUUGAAAUAAAAAAUUUUAAAUAAGUUGUGAUUUUCGCAUGUGUCAUAUGAGUACAUCAUUAUCCUUGAUAAUAUUCUCUUUAAAUUUUGUGAUCUGUGUUUAAAUUUUAAUUUCAACCUGUAUGCGAGAACAAUAUUAUAUGUAUCUACUUAACACUAUUUUGCUAUGUUACCUAUUAGUUGGACUCUGACAGUAAAUGCAGGUAUUGCUUCUUUAAUGAUUUUUAAUUAUUUUGUGUUGCGAUUCAAAUCACCUUAAUAUUGACUGUUUUAAAUUGCUACUGAUAUUUUUUUUAUGUUUCAGGGUGGUUUUGCAAAAUGUUAUGAACUUGUUGAUAUGAAAACCAAUAAAAAAUUUGCCGGAAAAAUUAUUUCAAAAAGAUAUCUUUUGAGAAAUAAUCAUAAAAAUAAAAUGAAUACAGAAAUAUCUAUUCAUAAGAUGUUGAAAAACAAAAAUAUUGUUUCUUUUUUAAGUUUUUUUGAGGACAAUCAUUUUGUGUACAUGGUUUUAGAACUCUGUGGAAAAAGAUCUUUAAUGGAGCUUCAUAAGUAAACAUCAUAAUAUAGUAUUAUACACAUUAAUAUUGUUAUUCAAUAACUUUACUAUCAUUUUUUUAUAUCUAUAGAAGAAGGAAAACACUUACUGAACCUGAAACUCGUUAUUAUGUGUAUCAAAUUCUUGAAGGUACAUUGUAUUUACACCAACAAAACAUUAUUCACCGUGAUUUAAAAUUAGGAAAUAUAUUUUUGAAUGAUAAUAUGGAAGUGAAAAUAGGUGAUUUAGGUUUAGCUACUAAACUUCAAUUUCAUGGACAGCGUAAAAAGUAUUAAUUGACAUUUUAUAUACAUACAUAUAUAUAUAUAUAUGUGUAUAUAAUUUGUUUUAAUGAUAUUCAUAUUAUAUACCAUUACAAUAUUUAAUAUAACUAUAUAUUAUUAUUUUUAGAACAAUGUGUGGUACUCCUAACUAUAUUGCUCCAGAAAUUCUUAUUAAAACGGGUCAUAGUUUUGAAGUUGACGUAUGGUCUAUUGGAUGUAUCAUGUACGAUAUAAAAAGAAGAUAAUACAAUUUUUUCUUAUUUGUACUAUUAAUAAUAAAUAAUAAUGUAAUAUGUUUAAGGUAUACAUUAUUAGUUGGUAAACCACCAUUUGAAUCAAAUUCUUUGAAUGAAACAUAUGGUCGAAUUACACGUUGUGACUAUAAUAUACCUCCUUAUGUAAAUAAGAAUGCCACUAUUCUUAUAAAUGAAAUGCUUCAAUUUGAUCCUAAAAAACGUCCUAGAGUUUCAGAAAUAAUGAAAACUGAUUUCUUUACUACAGGUUAUAUGCCUAAGAAUUUGCCCGUAUCUUGUCUUACAAUGUCUCCGAGGUUUGAUUCUAUUAACUAUAGAGAAUCUAUAUCAACCCGCAAACCACUUAAUGGUAAUUAAUAAUUGGAAUUAUAACCAUAUUUAUAUUUUAAAAUUUAUUGAUUCAUUUUAGUAUAAAAAUAUUAAUUUCUCAUGUUUAGUACUUAACAAUUCUAAAUCGACUUUGGCCAACGUUACUGUGAAAUCUGAAGACAUUAAGCCAUUAAUACUCAAUUUGCCAAACGGAAUUACUGGUGAAAAUGGAUCGUCUGUUGUAGAUUAUAAAAAAUUUAUGAUAUCUCUUGAAAAAGAACUAAACAAAUUAUUAAUGAGCAAACCAUCCACAAAUGAAAUGAAAAAUAUGGGUACUACACAAAAAUCUAGUUAUAAUAUAUUUGACAGUCUAAUGUAUUUAAAAUUUAGAAGAAACUACAGAUCCAGUUGCUAAACCUCUCGUUUGGGUCAGUAAGUGGGUUGACUAUUCUGAUAAAUAUGGAUUUGGUUAUGAAUUAUCUGAUGGCUGUGUUGGUAUUAUGUUCAAUGAUUGCACACAAAUUGUACUAUUAGCCAAUUUAAGGUAGUAAUUGUAUUACAAUUUAAUAUUUAAACAUUUUAAUUUUCUAUGUAUAUUUCAGAGACGUCCAUUAUAUAGAAAUAAAUGGAUCUGAGCAAUACUAUAUUAUGGAUCAUACACCACCAGCAUUAGAAAAGAAAAUGCAACUUUUGAUAUACUUUAGACGUUAUAUGAAUGAUCAUCUUAUUAAAGCUGGUGCUGAUAUAUUAGCUAAAGAUACAGAUCAACUAAGUCGUAUGCCAUAUAUGUGCCACUGGUUUAGAUCUAAUAGGUCAAUUAUCAUGCAACUUACAAAUGGAACUUUACAAGUGUGUAGAAUUUAUGAAUGUAUCAUAUUUUAAAACAUACUACAUCAAAAUUAUUUAUUUAUUUUAUUUUUCUGACUUUAUUUUAGAUAAACUUCAUAGAUCAUAGAAAAAUAAUAUUAUGUCCAUUAAUGAAUGCAGUAACCUUUAUUGAAGAAAAUAUUUUCCGUACAUACCGUUUUAGUACAAUUUCUGAAAAUGGCUGUAAUCCUGAAUAUGCUCAAUGUUUAGAAUACGCUUAUAGUAAAAUAUGUUCCAUUAUAACAAACAGUCUUACAUAA